GAGGUGGGGAGGGGGGUCUCCACGUAGGUAAAGGCAGGAGGAGCCCACUCUGCAAGGCUAGUGUGCAAGAACUUGGUAUUCCUCCCCCCCAACCCUCAUCCCCGAGUCGAGAAGCACCCGAGUCGCGGGCAAAGCCUUCCCACCGCUGCAUCGGCCGGCGGCUCUACGACGAGAACGAGGACGUGUCCGACGUGGAGGAGAUCGUCAGCGUCCGCGGCUUCGACCUGGACGACAAGCUGAGGAGCCGCAGCUACCGCGGGGACUUCGUGCGGCCCAUGGACGGCCAAGAUUUCACUUUUGAAUACGUGCAGCAGGAAGCGCUAAAAGUCCCUCUCAUCUUCCGAAGUAAGACUGGACUGGGAAUUAAGAUGCCUGACUCCAGCUUCACUGCCCAAGAUGCUAAGAUGCUUGUGGGGAGCCGCCGAAUCGUGGAUGUGGUGGAUGUCAACACCCAGAAAGGCGUUGAGAUGAGCAUGGCUCAAUUUGUGCGCUAUUACGAAACCCCCGAGGCGGAGCGCGAGAAGCUGUACAACAUGAUCAGCCUGGAAUUCAGCCACACCAAACUAGCCAACAUUGUCAAGCGUCCCAAUGUGGUGGAUUUGGUAGACUGGGUGGACAACAUGUGGCCGCGGCAUUUAAAGGAAAGACAGACCGAGUCCACAAAUGCCAUUUCGGAGAUGAAAUAUCCCAAAGUGAAAAAGUACUGCUUGAUGAGCGUGAAAGGGUGCUUCACCGAUUUCCACAUUGAUUUCGGAGGCACUUCGGUGUGGUAUCACGUUUUCCGGGGAGGAAAGAUCUUUUGGCUGAUUCCGCCAACGUUGCAGAACCUAGAACUUUAUGAGGAAUGGGUUGUCUCUGGGAAGCAGAGUGACAUUUUUCUGGGGGACCGUGUGGAGCUGUGCCAAAGAAUUGAGCUGAAACAAGGGCACACUUUCUUCAUUCCUUCAGGGUGGAUCCAUGCGGUUUACACUCCAGUGGAUUCCUUGGUGUUUGGUGGAAACAUCUUGCAUAGCUUUAAUGUUCCCAUGCAGCUUCGCAUUUAUGAAAUUGAGGACAGAACAAGGGUACAAGCCAAGUUCCGCUACCCGUUUUACUAUGAGAUGUGUUGGUAUGUUUUGGAGAGAUACGUGUUCUGUCUAACCCAGCGCUCUCACUUCAACAGGGAGUAUCUACAAGAAUCAAUGUUAAUUGAUACCUCGAGGAAACGUAGCUUGGAUAGCUUCUCAUCCGAUUCCUGGGGAGACAUGGAUGAGGACUCGUGCGAUGUGCGUGCUCAGGAAGACAAGGAUAACAAUCCGGAAAAAGUCCCCAAGAUCUCGUCUGACCUCCCCUCUUCUCCUAACAGCACACACUCGGAGGGGAAAGAGACGUUGGGGAGGAAGCCAAAAUCUCGGUUCUUCAAAAGGACUCUGUCCAACGAGUCGGAGGAAAGUAUCAAAUCAGCCACGGUGGACUAUUCCAAAACUCCCACCGGGUCUCCUGCCACCGAGGUCCCCGCCAAAUGGACUCACUUGACCGAAUUUGAGCUGAAAGGUUUGAAGGCCCUGGUGGAAAAACUGGAAUCUCUUCCGGAGAACAAGAAAUGCGUCCCCGAAGGCAUUGAAGACCCUCAAGCUCUCCUGGAAGACAUGAAGAAUAUCCUGAAGGAACAUGCAGAGGAUGACCAGAAUCUGGCCAUCACUGGGAUUCCCGUGGUAUCCUGGCCUAAGAAAAAUGCCAAGAACCGGACAGUCGGGCGUCCGAAGGGGAAGCUGGGCCCUUCGUCUGCUGUGAAGCUUGCAGCGAACCGGACGACAGCAGGCGCGCGUCGGAGAAGGACGCGAUGUCGCAAGUGCGAGGCCUGCUUGCGGACAGAGUGCGGCGAAUGUCAUUUCUGCAAGGACAUGAAGAAGUUUGGGGGGCCUGGCCGCAUGAAACAGUCCUGCAUUAUGAGGCAGUGCAUCGCGCCGGUGCUACCCCACACCGCCGUUUGUUUGGUAUGCGGAGAAGCAGGGAAGGAAGACACGGUGGAGGAAGAAGAGAGCAAAUUUAAUCUGAUGCUUAUGGAGUGCUCCAUCUGCAAUGAAAUCAUCCAUCCCGGGUGCCUUAAGGUGCGGGAAUCGGACGGCGUGGUGAACGAGGAGCUUCCAAAUUGUUGGGAAUGUCCCAAGUGCAACCAUGCUGGGAAAACGGGGAAAGCGUACAAGCAAAAGCGGGGCCCUGGUUUCAAAUAUGCCUCCAACCUGCCAGGCUCUUUGCUCAAAGAGCAGAAGGUCAACCGAGAGAACAAGGAAGUCGUCCCCGAGAUCCCCAAGCGGAAAGUCGAGUGCGAGGAAUCACCCCGCAAGAAAUCCGACGAGCGGCCCCCGAAGCCCCCACUGGAUCCUCUCUUGAGGAGGAAGUCCUCAGAGGAAGCCCACCUGCGCCGCAAGCGGAAAUUCGAGAAACCCCAGGAGCCGGCGAUGAGGAAAAGGCUAAAACUUGGGAAAGAAGAGAAGCUGUUCAGGAAAAAGAGGCGCUCCUGGAAGACCCCGGAUGACCGGGUGGCCGCCCUCAAACCCCUGCGGCGCUUCAAGCAAGAAGGAGGGGAGGUCUUCCCAGAGGAACCUCCGAAAACCAAGGAGAGCGACCAGUCGCGUUCGAGCUCGCCCACCGCGGGGCCUAGUUCGGAAGGCACCGAGUCCCGGGAGAAGAAGAAAUGCAAGAUCCGUCGGAAAGCCCGCCUGCCCAACAAAGAACUGAGCAAGGAACUGAGCAAGGAGCUCAACCAGGAGAUCCAGAAGACCGAGAACAGCCUGGCCAACGAGGACCACCAACCCAUCAAAUCGGAGCCGGAGAGCGAGAGCGAGGAGGCCAAGCACCACCUCGGCCCGGAGCAGCCGCACCCGCUCACCAAGGGCUUCAACGGGACACCGCGGGAACUCCGCCACCAGCUCCUCUCCAGCCUCCGCAGCAGCAGCACCACCCCCACCCCCAGGACCAUCGCCCGGCCCCCUCCUUCCCUCUCGCCCCCCAAGUGCAUGCAGAUGGAGCGGCACGUGGUACGGCCGCCCCCCAUCAGUCCCCCGCCCGACUCGCUCCUGCUGGACGACGGAGCGGCCCACGUGAUGCAGAGGGAGGUGUGGAUGGCCGUCUUCCGCUGCCUCCGACCCAGGGAACUCUGCGUCUGCAUGAGGGUGUGCCGGACCUGGAAUCGGUGGUGCUGCGAUAAAAGGCUGUGGACCAAAAUAGACCUCAACCAUUGCAAAUCCAUCACCCCCUUGAUGCUGAGUGGCAUCAUCAGGAGACAGCCGGUUACGCUAGAUUUGAGCUGGACAAAUAUCUCGAAAAAGCAGCUGAGCUGGCUUAUCACCCGGCUUCCAGGUCUCCGGGAUCUGCUUUUGGCUGGAUGCUCGUGGAUUGCUGUGUCCGCACUCUGCAGCUCCAGUUGUCCCCUCCUUCGAACUCUGGACAGCCAAUGGGUGGAAGGCCUGAAGGAUGCCCAGAUGCGAGACCUCCUGUCGCCGCCAACUGACAACCGGCCAGGCCAGAUCGACAACCGAAGCAAGCUGCGGAACAUCACCGAUCUCCGCCUGUCCGGCUUAGACAUCACCGAUGCUUCUCUGCGUCUGAUUAUCCGCCACAUGCCUCUCUUGACCAAACUUAAUCUCAGCUACUGUAAUCACGUGACAGACCAGUCCAUCAACUUGUUAACGGCGGUGGGGACCACCACGCGGGACUCCCUAACCGAGGUUGUUUUGAAAGACUGCAACAAGGUGACGGAUCAGUGCCUGUCGUACUUCAAGCGCUGCGGGAGCAUCUGUCUCAUCGACCUCCGUUACUGCAAGCAGGUCAGCAGGGAAGGCUGCGAGCAGUUCAUCGCGGAGAUGUCGGUCAGCGUCCAGUUCAGCCAAACGGAAGAGAAAUUGCUGAAGAAGCUGAAUGUCGAGAGAACGGACUGGAGCGCGUGGGAACGUAUGACAGCCAGGUUAGCCGUUCGGUGCUCCGGUGGGACCGUUCGCUUCCUGGGAUUUCCGUGUGCCGGGAAAGAAACGGAGACGCCAACUCAGAGCUGCGGCCAAGAGCGCGUGGACCAAGACUUUUUUGCGGGCCUCCGAAGCGAAACGGUCGUUCUGCGCCGCUGAAGGUGGGCCCCAACCCCUGCAUUUUUCUGCCUACGGGACUGUGGUUCGUGGUUUUCUUGGUUUUUUUGUUUUUUCCCCCCGUUACAUCUUGACCUUAUGCAAAACUAUUUUUGUACAAAUCCCUUUUAAAAAGUUAUUUAUGCAAAAGUU